AACAACAACAACAACAACAACAACGACAACUGAACAAUUAAUCACAAUUGACAAUUGGUUGUAGUUGUAUUUGUUUAUUAUUCUAUCUGUCAUGAUGUAAAAUAGUGUGUUUUUGUCGUGUUUGGUUGAAAUGUAAUUAAAUUAAUUUGUAAAAAACUCGCAUUUUUGUGCUACGUAUUCGGUACUUGAUAGGGAUCUCUGUGUUUGAACUUAACUCAAUGUCAAGACCGGCAAGUCGAUCUGAGGUACGGAAGUUACCUGUUAGAGUUCACGCUCACAGUUCACCUCCACCUUCCACUCCCAGGUCCAUGCCUGUGUCUCCAGAUAUGAUCCCUGCAUUCUCGUAUGAGCCAGGCAUAGCUGCGACCAGUAUUGUCUCACAUAUAACAGAGAAACCAAUAAAGAGAAGUUCAGCUUUUCCACAGCAGAAAAAGAAAGACGUGGCAGUUAAUAAACAUGGCAACUUUAUGAAGAAAAAUGAAGAAACAAUACGCAACCCGAACAUAAAUAGACGCCUUAAUGUGGCAGCUCAAGAACUGAAGAUUCCACUAAAUAUCAACAAGCCAAUGAAAAUGAAAACUGGGAGAUCUGUAACUCUAACAAACUUGUCCAGGGAUCUGCCAAAACAGCAACGAAAGGUUCAGUCAUCAAGGGAUGAUGAAAGAGAAAGCAAAGGAUUCCUUAAAAUGUUGUCAGAUGAGUUUCCGCCAUACAAUCCAUCAGAUUUUAUGCCAAAAGUAGAUGAAAGUGUUGAAAUUUACAAUGAAAAAAUACUGAGAACUGCAUCUGAAGACAACAACAAAGAACUGCUUCAAAAAAUACGUCAAGAACUGGUGGAGUGGAUGGCUGAAAAGACUGAAGUAGAGAAACCACAGCUAAGUGAUAGUAUCUCCGCAUCUCCCGAGUACAUAGAGGAAACUCUGCCUGGUCCCACACCUUGUGAUCCUGGAAUAAGAGUCUCCAAGAAAGAAAACGUGCCUAAAAGGGAAACAGUAGCAAUUCAGACAACUCCACCUCGAGAGAGAGCAAUGAUGAAUCUGCCUCUUCUGGAUAAUCCUAAUCUGGCUUUCUUCAAUGUACCUGAUACACCCUCACCAUUAACAAAAUCAAAUGCGCUGGAAAUAGCUGAUCACCUCUUAUCCGUAGCAGAGAGAAAGUUUGCUGUGAUGGAAUCAAAAUUACCUGAGCAUACUGCAAGUAAUCAAAACUCUGCCAGAUAUACUAAUGAGCCUCUCUUAGCAAGAAGGGUAAGCACAAACUCAGCACUACAUAAAAAGACUAUGACAGAUUACACAGUAAGUCCAACAAAAGGCAGUGUUUUUAGUGAUAAUACUCUUCAAAGCAGAUCUAAAGCAAGUUACAACGUUCCACAAAACUCUCCUUGUACUUCAUGUAAACUGAAAAUUGAUGAUAAAUAUAUGAAAAACAACGGAGAGAAAAAAAGUGUAAAACAUAAAACACCUGGCCAUUCACAAGUCCUAAGUAAUAAAAAGGCCAAGAGCAAACCUAGCAGUGUUGAGCAGAGUGGUAACUUAGAAAAAUCUCCCAAAUCCCCUGCUAUCACUCAAUUCAGUAUGUUUUAUAAGCAACAGAAACUAGUUGAAAAGAAAUCACAAAAUGGCCAAGAAAAAAAUUCAGCUACUGUGAUUUUUAAGUCAGAUGCAAAAGUAAUUUCAAGUACAAAUGCAGUAGUGACACAAGAUGUCGAGACCAAUACUGAUCCAGAAAUCUUCAAUCAACCUCAAAAUAUUCGGAAAAAUACUCCAAAUUCUUCAAUAAUCAGUAUGAGGACAAGUAAACUUGAAGAGGAAGAUCACAUUUCAGGAAUCCCUCACAAAAUAUUCAAUAUUCAGAAGAUGCCAUCUGUAAACAUUCGACCUGGGUUUACUAUUCACUCUGGGCCCAAGAUAAAUAUUGUUGCUUCGACUUCUAAUGUAUACAAACCUAAAAGGAGAAACACAGAGUUUUUCGAUGUUGUCUAUCCUCCAAACACUCUAGUGUCAAAUGAACCGUCAAUAUUAGUAGAUAAGGAAAGGCAACUGAGUGUCAGAGACAAUCAUGUGGAACAUGUCUGUGAAAGGCAUGCCUUCCCCAGUGGUAAAUUGAUUCCUGGCAGUCAAGAUGUUGAGUUACAUGAAACAAGAACUGGAGAUGACCUUAGUAUACAAGAUAAGAAGAGAAUUCUUCUAGAUUUGAUCAAGUCUGUGUUAGAAAAAGUUGAGAAGCAAGCAAGGAAUGAGAAGAAAAAUUGUUGUAGAUUAAUUUGCUCCUUUCCGCUGUUGGCUUCAGUAGUGAAAAAAAUUCAAGUGGACUGUAAAAGUUGUGUGAACAUAUUACAUAGACAUCUAGACAGACUUAUUCAGCUUAUGAAAGAAGAGCUUCGAAGUUAUAAAGAGCUUUCUGAAGAUCACUGUUGCCUGUUGGAUGAAACGGUCCAGUACCUGAUUGUGGAAUUGGAACUCAUACAAGAAGAGAACACCAACAGGCAGCAACUAGAUUCUGCACCCGUCACAGCUUUUAGGCAUCAAGAGAAUGAAGGAACCAAAAUAUCUAAGAAAUCAGUCUCUUUCGAAUCCAUCCCUGGAGCCACUGCAAUGGGAACAAAUACUCAAGUUCUACAAAAAUCUAAUAAAAGCUGGAAUAACAAAGAUCAAAACAUUUUACAGAACAAACAUGAAAACAAGUCUAAAUCUGUAUUAAAGCCCCAGCAAUUCAAAACAUCAUGUGGGAAAAGUGGAAACACUGGUAAUGUGACCAAUAAGAUUAAAAAUCACGGUCAACUUCAACAAUUAAGAGCUAAGAUUGGAAAUAAUGCAACAAAAUCUAAUAUACUUCCAAACUCAAAAGAAACUGUAAAUAUUUCUAAAGGCACAAAAGAAAAGACAGUUGUUGGCAAAGUUAUGAAAAGUAUAAUGAACAGAAAACCAAUACUAAAAAAUAAAACCACUCCUAAACAAUCUCUAGCUGAAAACUCAAAGACAACUAGUAGUAAUGCUUUUUAUAAAAUUAUUGACAACAGAGAAACAUCUAAUGAUUUUGAUGAGUGGAUUCAAGAACGUAGUCAGAAGAUAAAACUGAUUCAUGAAGAGUUAUCUAAAAUGGUAUCAGGAUCGAUGGAUAGUUUUGUGGAAAAUUCAGUGGAUGACUAUCAGCAUAUUCACAAAAUGACAGAAGAUAGAGAUGAAUAUCAGGGAAAUAAAAUUGGUAGAAGGAGUAACAAAGAAAAACAAGAAUCAGUGACUUCUAGCCAAGUUGAAGACAAAAGAGAACUGCAAAAUUCAAAGGCUGACCACCAGGAAUUAAGUCAAGAUUAUGCAGAAGAUUUUGAAGAGGACAUUGAAGAGGCUGCAAGUGAUAAAGGUCCUUCAUCAGACGACUCACACGAACGCACACUGGCAGAAUUUGAGGUUGGAUCAUCUUCGUCAUCAGAUAUUGAUGAAGAAGUUGGGAGUGAAGAUCUUAAGGGUCAAACAUCAGAAGAGGGUUCCAUUAUAAAUGAACAACCAGCUGAUAUGUUGAGUGACAGAAAUGAGGAUGUUCAGAAUAAGACAAUAACAACUUUGAAACAAGAUGCUUUAACAAACAAUUUGAUAAAAUCUUCUGUAGAAACCGAGGAUAAAAUUAAAGAAACCUACCAAGACAAUUAUUCCAAAGUUGAUGUUGCAACAUCUCCAAUAAAUAAUAAUCUGACAGGAGAAUCCACAACUGAUAUCUCAAUGGCACCCUCUACAUUAAGAAAAAUUGAAGUUGAAAGAGUAAGUAUUGCAACAUCCCCAAUAAGUAUUCCUGACAAAGAUCUUCUUCGUGUGGUCAAAUCUACAACAGUACAGACAGAUAAUUUUGAAGCAGAUAUUACAAAAAUGCAGGAGUCUGAAAACAAUUUUAAAAGAGAUAACAUGCAACUUACAGUUCCCUCUGUUAAAUUAAAACCAUCAUCACUUAGGAACAGUUUGCAAGUGACUCUAAAUAGGGCUGAAGAAAAUUCACUUGCAAUGCAAGCAAAUCCAUCCAACCAAACUGUAAAUCUUAUCGUACACCUUCCAGAUCUUCAGAGUAAAACAGCUGAAAAUAUAAGGUCUUCUGAAGCAAAAGAUUUAGUAAAUCAAAAUGGAAUGAAGCUUGGGGAAAACUCUGUAAACCCUAAACAAGACUCAGAAAUUAUAAGUAAAAGAGGCGUUGUUGAGAAUAAAACACCUGUUUCUUCAAAAUCCAAGGAUGAAAAGAUUUGUACUGAAGAUAAGUUAGCUGUUGACAAUGAUCCUAUACAAAAACAGUUGACUGAAAGAACUAUUAAAGAUAUUAUUGAGCCAACCGUAUCUGAAGUUCUUAAAAAGCUGAAUGUUCCACCAACAAGCCAUCAUGAGAUUGAUAAUAAUGGAGCUGUAACAGGAAGAUCUCAUUCAGAUCUAGUUAAACCCAGUUUUAUAUUACAAACAAAACAUGGCCAAUGGAAGGAAUGUGAAAAAGUUGUUUUAGACAAAGUGGUAGUAGACUCUUCAAAUCAAACUGAAGCAGAGAAACAGAGUGUUCACAUUCAAGUAGCUCCUAGCCUCGUAGGAAGCACAAGUGAAAAAUCAAUUUCUGCCGUGAGACAAAUCAGCGCUAGAGAUGUAUUUGAAACAAGUUUUUUGAAAAUAUUACAACCUCCACCUCCCAGAGCAGAGACUGUCACAAGUUCAAUAACACAUUCUUCAACAUGUCGGUCCAGCUCUACAUCAUCGUCUUCAACUUCCAUUUCUUCAAGAAGUAAAGAAGACAAAAUCAAUCACAGGGAGAAACUAUCGGAAGGAGAAAUUGUACCUGAAACAUGCGCCUGUGUUGUUGGUGAGGUGUGCACUAAUUGUGUCCCAAAACUUGAUCUCAGCUGUGGUGAGCUGAAGACUAAAAGAAGAAACAGGAGAAGAGAAAAUAUUCAUUUGAUUGAUUCAGAUUCUGACUUAUCUGAAAACUCGAAAUCUCAGUUCUCUUUGUCAAAGAUGCCUCUCCAUCUAGAGCCCAGACCGAGUUCUACUUAUGCCAUUGCACCAUUGUCUAGGAUUGAAAAGAAUAAAACAGAUACUAGAGGACAUUUUAAAAACAGCAGUGCAGAUUUCCCAUUAAAUAAAUUCUUGUCUCAUCCUACAUCCGGAGAUAAAAAUAAUGGACGCAAAAUGGUUUUAAAACCAUUUUCUCAAAUAGCAAACUCAGUAAUAAAUGAUCUAAACAUAGAAUAUCUACAUACACAAGGUGGUAAUAAUAAAGACUCUGAUUUUCCAAAAUUAAAUCCUAAUGCGUCAGAAAAUGUAAACACGAUUCCUUUAAACGAACUGAGGCUGAAUGAUUCUUCUUCUGAUUCGUUGAAAUCAUCAAUAUCAUCAGGAAACAAGUGUUCAAGAAAAACUAGAACCAAAACAAAGAAACCUCUGGUGAUCAAAUGUCCUCUGGAGAAGGCUAAGAUUGAUGUUGUUAUUGAGGGCAGUGAUGUAUCCGCUUCCUCGUAUCAAACUAGUGUGACCAGUGUGAGCGUAGAAAACCUUCCAGGAGCCCUCAUUCUCUCCAGCCACUCCAGCAGUGAACUGCAUCACUCCAGCUGAUAAUGAUGGGUAUUGACGUCUGCCUAUAUUAAAAGGCUUGAAGAUUAAGUCCAUCUAGAUGACUGACUGUUCAUAUAGAUUAUUUUAAGUAAUGUAACGAUUUGUACACUUUUUCAUUAAAUAACAAUAAAAUGA